CUUAACGUAGAAUUAAAUUUAGAGAUAUUAUUAAAUUAGAAUUAAAGAAACAAUAAGUAAAGCAACGAAAAGUCCAAUCUGGGACUAUUUUGAUAUUCAUGAAAAGAAUCGCUCAAAAGCAAUUUGUAAAUUUUGCAAAAUGAAAAUAUCAAGAGGAGGAACAUCUGGAAAAAAAAUGACAACAUCUAAUUUAAGAGGGCACAUGUAAGCAAAACAUAUAAAAGUUUUCCAGAAAGUAGAAGAUCUAAAAUGUUUCAAAAAAAUUAACACAGAAGAAAAAAACGUUAUUGCAUCUACUUCAACCAGUUAAGAGAAUGAUAAUAGCAAAGUAUCCGUUAGCAACAGUGUUACAGUUAUUCUAGAUCAAAAACAUCGAUCUAAGCUUGAAGAAACUAUUAAUAAGCAUAGGAAAUGGACUUCAAGUGAACAAAGAGCUCAAAAAAAAACUAUGCUUAUCGGAGAAAUGAUAUGUGUAGACAUUCAGCCGUAUUCUUUAGUUACAGAUCAAGGAUUUAAAAAACUAAUUAUGCAUAUUGAACCAAGGUAUACCGUGCCCUCUAGAAAACAUAUAACUGAAACAGAUGUUCCUUAAAUUUAUGAAAAAAUGAAAAUACAAAUUAUGAAUGAUGUAGCAAAAGCAGAUUUUUUGAGUUUUACCACUGACGGAUGGACUACACAUUACAAUGAUCUAAGCUUUUAUUCAUUAACAGGAUAAACUCAGAGUUUAAUUCUAUGACAGCUGUGCUACAACUUAAAAAAAUAACAGGCUCUCAUACAGGUGUAAAGAUAUCAAAAUUUCUAAAAGACUCUUUAAAUGAAUGGAAAAUACCAACUAGCAAAGUGUACUUUGUCCUGUCUGACAAUGCUGCUAAUAUGAAAUUAGCCAUAAAAGAAGCUGGUUUAGAAAAAAAUUAUCUAAGUUGUGUAAUCCACACUCUUCAGCUUUGUGUAACCGAUAAGCUUUUCAAACAGCAUACAGUUGUAAAUGAUCUUACAGCUAAGUCUAGAAAAAUUGUCACACAUUUUCAUCAUUCACCGUCUUCCAUGGAUAUGCAACAUGAAAUGCAACAACAGCUAAAGUUACCCCAACAUUCACUUAUACAAGAUGUAGCAACAUUAUAGAACUCGACAUUUUACAUGCUAGAAAGACUAGUUGAACAAAAAACUUCACUAGCUUUAUUUUUUAUUAGAAAUCAAAAGUGUUAUGCUUUUAAUCUUAAUGAAGACCAAUGUCUCAAUUAGCUGAGACGCUUAUCUUAGUUUUAAAGCAUUUUGAGGUGGCUACACUAGAGAUGAGUGAAAAUAGGGCAUCAGUGUCUCAAAUUAUUCCAUUUAUAGUUUCAAUAGAAGCGUACCUAGCCUAUGCUUAAGAAAAUGCAGGUAAAAUAAAAACUAUAAUAGAAGAGUUGAAAAAAGAUUUUAUCUCAAGGUUUUCCAGCUAUAAAUAUAACAAAAACUUGAACAUGUCUUCAGUUUUAGAUCCAAGAUUCAAACUUAGUUAUGCCAUAUCAGAUGAGGAGAAAGACACAAGAAAAUCAAAUAUUCAAGAGAAAUACAUGAACCUAAAUAAAACUGAUAUUACAGAUUGCCUUUUAACUACCGACAACUUAACUCAAUCAGAUAAUGAAACAAACACUUCAUUUGAAUCAACCCAAGAACCUAGCUCUCCACUCAAAAAAUUAAAAAUGGCAGAAAACAUAUACAAUUUUUAUCAAGUUUCAAAAGCACCUCUUGACACUGAAUUAACAAAAUCAACAAAAGUAAAGAACUGUAAAAAACUUUCAACAGAGGCACAAAUUUAUUUAGAGAAAAAGGAAAAAAUAACUGAUGAAAUAAACUUUUACUUAUCACUGCCUAAUCUGCAUCAAAAAGAAUGUCCAUAUAAAUGGUGGGGAAAUUACAAAAAUACAUGUAUAAAGAAACACUCUAGUAGCAAUAAUAUUUUAGACCUCUCAUACCUUGCAAAAAAAUGUUUAGGAGCUCCGCCUUCUUCUGUGUUCAGUGAAAGAUUGUUUAGAACUGGGGGAAAUAUUUAUGAAUUGACACGGUCCCGACUAACUGCAGAACAUGGAGAAAAUCUAGCAUUUGUGCAUGGGAAUUGGAAAUUUUUUGGAGAAACGGAAGCAAAAAAAUAGAUUCACAAUUUUAUAUAACAUAUUUUUUUACUUUUCAUAACAUAAUAAAAAUUUAUAUUUAUUUUUAACAUGACGCAAG